CACCCUCAGCUCGCUGUAUCCCAGCCAAAUUGUGAAUAUUGUCCAUAUAAAACAUUUGGCAGGAAUGACACAGGCUUAAUGAAUUCAUCGUUCCCGGUCUUGCAAGGCCAACCUCCUUCAGUCAUGAGCCGUCCGCCUAUAUAUCAUCUCCCACCUCCAGAUGAACCUCCUCCUUCCUACGAUGAUGCUACGCACUCCUCCUCAUCUCCUCUUCUAGUCGGCCCACCCCCAAAUUAUGGGACUUAUCAGGCGUACCCUGAGCCAGAUGCAUCCUCUUCCGCCAGCAGUGACAUUGAAGAGACAACAAGAGCACUUCCAGAAUGGGUCGGUCAAGCGUUAGUAGUACUUGUCUUUUUAGGCAUACUAUAUGGAUUCUGGAGACUUGUCAACGACCCUAUGGCGUAAGCGGAUGAAGCGUUUACCUCUUCGACAACAGCCAUCUGUAUCGUAUGGUAUUGCGGCUUAGCCCGACAGACCGUUUUGUGUGGAUACUUGUGGGGUGGCC